AUGGCGGUUGUUAUUGCUACGCUCCGAAACCAAUAGCUUUUUAUUUUCAAUACGAAUACUCAAUAUAUACAAUAGAAAAAGUAUUUUAGAUUAUUUGUAUUGCGAUAUCGGUUAAAUUAAUUAUCAUAUUAUGCAUUUAAAUCUGAAGCGUACUACUAAAACAAAAUAUUACAAUAAUGCAUUCAAAUGCAAUUAAGAUGUUUCUAUUAUUGUUUAAUACAUUGUUUUUAUAAUAUUGUGAGAGGAAAAUAUACCGAAAAUGAGGUGUAGCGUACAAUUCUGUACCAAUGAUACAAAACGAAUGACCAAGAGUCAAGGAAUCACUUUUCAUUUGUUCCCUAAAGAAGAAAAUCUCCGCACGGCCUGGAUAGAAGCCCUCGGCAUGAAGGACUGGGAGCCAAAAGAACGCAGCUCAGUGUGCUCCGAACACUUCCGGGACGAGGACUUCUACGACACCAAGUGUGGUCUGCGCAAGAUAAAGAACGGAGCCAUUCCUGUUAUUGCUCAAGUGUGCAGGAUAUGUUUGGCGGUGAACUCGAAAAUGUACCACUUGACUGACUGCCACCUGGACGACACGUUUCAACAGAUCACCGGAAUCACGUUAAAUGAGGAAGACAGGCUGCCGUACAAUUUAUGCUGGGAGUGCGCCCACCGCCUGCUGUCGUGCCAGCGGCUGCGGGCCAAGGCGCUUCGCAGCCACACCCUCAUGAUGGAAGUGGUCCAGACGGCCAGAUAUAUAACAAUACGCGACAUAUUAACUAUAAACCGAGUGGAGCACAACCUGAAGUCUAGUUUAAUACAUAAAAUAAAUGACAUUGACGAAUUUGACAUGGUAAUAAACGACGAUGUAAUAUUAAAAACUGAAAAGAGAGCGGGAGAUAUAGAGGAAUUGGUCCUCGUCAAACCGGAGAACGAUGAAAUAGAGAAAGAGAUGGAGAAGGAGAUAGAAGAAGAGGAGAAUCCGCCUAUAGUGGAAGUGGAGGUGAAGGAUGAAAACAACGAUAAUGAAAUAUUCUUCGACGAGUAUGUAGACUACGAUUCAGAGGACGACAAGAAGUUGAGUGAAGUGGUGGUGAAACCGAAGAGUAAGGUUAAGAAAAAGAAACUCAAGUUGGAGAAGGGGCGGGAGAAGAAGAAGUCCGCCAGGAGGAGCGAGGAGGAGGACAGUCCAACUGCAGCUACUGAUAAGUACAAAACGUCUGAUGUCAAACGGCGGAAACCAAGCGACGGUCUCGACGAGACGUUGUUUACGGUCAUAAAGCUGACAUACGACGAACAAAUAGCCGAGAUACAGAAGCGGCAGGAGUCGUCCAGCUACAAGACGGCGCCGUUCAAGUGUACUAUGUGCUAUAGGGGUUUCCAGAUACAGGACAGAUACGACGCGCACGUGAUCCGCCAUAGCGAUCAAAGCGGUGCAUUCGAGUGUUUCAUAUGCAAAAGUCGGUUGAAGACGGCCCGCGCGCUUCGGAAGCACCUCACCGCGCAGCACACGGAGAAGUUCAGCUGCAACGGCUGUCCGUUCGUCACGAGAAACAGGGGAGUGGCGCGCGAGCACGAAAAGUGGCAUGCGGGCGCCCGCUACCAGUGUCCCCACUGUCCCAGCGAGUUCGACAAGCUGACCACAUACAUGGGCCACAUCCGAAUCAAGCACGUGUCGGACUUCGUGUGCGAGCUGUGCGGCUACACGUUCGUGAGCAAGAAGGGCAUCGACGUGCACAAGAGGAAGAAACACAGGGUGGCCAAGGACAAGCCGGUACAGUUAGAGGGACCGUACUGCGCCGUUUGCGAUGUAACUUUCGUGUCCGAGGAGGCGCACUCGAGGCACUUGAAGUUGUCGUCGAAACACAGCAGCGACAAUGACCCUAACCGCAUAAGGAACGACUCGCAGAGUAAGAGCUCGAAGUACGGCCGCGUGGUGCGCCACAUCGAGCGGCGGCCCGUCGUGCACGCGCGGCUCGACCGGCCGCCCGCCGGCUGCGCGGGGCCCGUCACCUGCGAACAGUGCGGUGUCCAGCUGCGUGAUCUACGGCUGUACGCGCAGCACUUCAGGCGGGCGCACCCGGACAAGAAUCGAACCAAGUAUCCCGCGAUGAAGACGCCGUGUAUGUGCGAACAGUGCGGCAGGAUAUUCCAGAGUAUGGCCCUCCUGAAAGACCAUAUGUGGGUGCACACGGGCGAGAAGCGGUUCAAAUGCGACCGCUGCGACAAGAGCUUCACGCAGAAGACCAACCUGGUGUUCCACCUCAGGGUGCACAGCGCGACGCGACCCACGUACGAGUGUCCACUAUGCGGGAAACACUUCGCCUUCUUCAACAACCGCCGGCGGCAUAUGUUUAUUCAUACGGGGCUGAAGCCAUUCAAGUGUGAGACUUGCGGGAAAUGCUUCACGACAGCGGGCGAGCAGCGCGCCCACGUCGACCACGUGCACCUCAAGAAGCCCUGGCCCAAGCGGGCGCGAGGGCCUCGCAUGCAGCAGCAGCACGACGGGGACGCCUGGCAGAAGUGCGCCGCCAUGGAGGACUAGAUAUCACCAGUAUAGUACAGUAAAAGUUCCUUAUUUACGCUUCCUUUAUUCGCGACCCAAUAUCUAUAUUCGCGGAUCUAAUUGAUACCUAAGAACAAGGAAUUACAUAGAAGGAGUGAUGAAAUUGGCAAUUCAUAGCAGGCUAGUCUAUAGAAAAUGUUAUACGGCCGUAUAACCCUACCAAAUUCAGAUACAACCUGUUUCCACACUUUCUACAUAAACUGUGUCCAAUAUAUAAUCUAGUAAUGACAAAUAAUUGAUGUAUCAGACAUUUUCUAUACACCAGCCUGCUGUGAAUUGACAAAAAUAGCAACUGAUGGUGUAUCUUUCGUCCUCUUUUUACUAAUUAUAUUUGCAUAAAAAGAAAGGAGGCGACCAUAUGAUUUAGUUUUUAUUUUAUCAUUCCUUCUAUAUUUAAUUCCUUGUUCUUAAAUUGAUACAUACCGAUUAGGUAUACUUUGUAAUCGCGUCGGCAAAUGGACUAAUGAAAAAAUAAAAAGAGACCUUAUUGCAACUGCGCCUAAAGUAUAUUAUCGAAUGCUGUAUACGUGGUUCGGCUUUCUAUACUCGCGGCAUAUUCAGGGAAACGUAUACGAAUACCCCGCGAACAAAGAGCUUUUACUGUACCCCUGUCUCCUUAAGAAACCCUGAUCCCAGUGUACCAAUCUUGUGAUGGAAGUACGUGACAUAAGUGAUCUUCCAUAAAGAACUAAGCCCAUCAGUGUCCCAAGCUAUACAAUGUAAUACACUAGCAUUUUUUUUUAUGGGUGAAAAUGGAAUAACCCCGCCUGCGCUAACGGGAUACGCUGGCGGAGCACCAGUGAAGGGUGAUAGAUGAGAAUGAAAACAGGCCAGUUAGCACAUCAUGAUGAAUUCAUGAGGCAUUAACCAUGAUAGUUUCCAGGGAGAACCCAAGGAGGUCGACCUGGUUGGGUAAUAUUGUUAGCAAUGGGAUUUUCAGUCUCCAUUACUAACAAUCCCUUUCCCCCCAUACACUAGCAUUCUUCAUCCAUUACUCAAAAAGCCAUAUCUCAAAUGUACUAACUGCAGUGUUAAGGGGGGAUAAUGGAUUGUUAAAAAUGGGGAUUAGUACCCCCAUCGUUAGCAUUACACCCUAUCAGGUCGACCUCCUCGCAGUUCCCCCUGGAAACUAUCGUGUUCUGUUUCAAGUGAAUCCAUCACGAUGGGCUAACUGACCUGUCUUUUCAUUCUCACCUAUCAUCCCUCACUGGUGCCCCGCCAGCGUAUACCGUUAGCGCAGGCGGGGUUACCAUUCCAUUAUCAUCCAUUUAAAAAAAACUGCAGUGUUAAAGGGGGAAGGGAUUGUUAGUAAUGCGGACUAGCAGUCCCAUUGCUAGCAUUAUACCCUGUCAGAUCGAACUCCCCGCAGGAGGAACCUGGAAACAAUCGUGGUAAUUUUUGUAAAAUACAUCACGUUGGGCUAACUUUCCUGCUGGUAUCCUCGCUUACCAUCCACCACUGAUGCCCUUCCAGCGAAUACCGUUAGCGCAGGCGGAGUUAUCAUUAAAAAAAAAAUCUACUGCUUGUGUGAAAUUAUUCCUAUGGAUAUAAUUUUUGAGAUAAUUAUAGAAAUAUCUACAAAUGUCACAUGAAAUGCUAUCAAAAACGAUCUCAAUAUAUACAUAUACAUAUAUAUAUAUAUAACAUACAUGUAAGUUUAUAUAAUAACAUUACAUUGUGAUCAAAUUAUGUUUUAUAAUGUAGUUGUGUGUGUGUGCGUGUCUUGUUUGUGUGUUAGUGAAUGAAUUUUUUACUAAACUAGGUGUUAUCUUACGGAAGUCUAUAUCACCGGUUAUUUGUUUUGAAUUUUGUUUAAUUCCGCUGGCCUGUUUUCAUUCUCAUCUAUCACCCUUCACUGGCGACCGCCAGCGUAUCCCGUUAGCGCAGGCGGGGUUACUAUUCCAUUUUCACCAACAAAAAUAUGGAAGGUUGUGGAACUUCUGGCAGUAACAGUGGUGAUCAGUCUUCUAGUGUUGGCAGUCGCACACAUACUAACGGUAGCGGAAUUAAACAAAAUAACUAAGCAAAUAACCGAUGAAUUUUUAUUAAAAAAAAAAAACUGUUGCAACAUUAGAAACCGUUAUUGAAUAAUGCUUCAAUCGUGUUUAUAGACUGAAAAAUAAAUUCACAUUAAAUAUAUUGUAUUAAUUUGUUAUUGUAAUUGUUUAUUUGGGCUUUACUUACGUUUUUAAACUGUCACUUCCGCCGACAGCACGCGUGCAGCAAACUUACAGCGCGCUGGUCGCACAGUGCUGCUCGCGGUACAGCCGUGAACCGCGCUCACGAGUAAGGGCUCCUAUUGAGUUUGAAACUAGUCGGGCAGCUCCCGAAUUAGAAACGUUAGUGAAGACGAUAUAAAUAUUUACAAUAGUCACAAUAAUUUGCUGUUGGUGAAAUUAACUGCCCAUAGCUUGAAAAUACAGAUGAAAUUAAAAAAAAAUUGCACGUGUUGUAUGGUUUAUGGUCUGGUUAUAUAUAGUUAUAACUAUAUAUACAUAGAAAUGUGAGCAUUAUUUUGACAAUCUUCUUCGAGAUAAAUCAAAAUUGCCGCACUGGCCAGAUACAUGCGGGCAGCGGCCGGCAAAAGUUGUAUGAAAAUUCAUAUCUGUCGUGUUUUGCGGCCAGAUAAAUUACUAUGUAAACUCAUAUCUGUCCUGUAAUUUAAAAACGGAAUGACCAUUUACUUCGAAACAUGACUACCAAGUAGGUAACUAAUAAAAGGUUAUAUUUAAAUUUCGAACUGGCUUGCAAAUAGAAAGCUGUUUAUUGAAAAAAAAACCAAAGUAACAUUAUGGCGCGUGAAAAAUUAUUAUUGUUCGUUAUUCGUCAUUGAACUUAAAAAGUAAAAUUGUGUUUUUUUAUUUCCGCGCAUUGUUUGAGAAAAGUACUAUACAAGCCUUGGCUACAACUAGGCAUUGAUGGACUCACGUAUGUGUGCCUCGGCUACGCCUCGGCCCACAUUUACACGUUCGUCCAUCAAUGCCUCAGUUGCUGGCUGCUGCAGUAAUGUACUAUAAUUGUCUUGCUUAUUCCCCUAUAUUGUAUAAUGCAAAUAAAGUAUACUCAUUCAUCCA